GUUGCGCACACAGACAGAUUUCAGUGACUGAGCUCCGAGGCUCAGAGAAGUUGGAGGUCAGAGUAGAAACGGUGCAGGAUGAGGAAGAAGCUGAGGAGGCAGAGCGGCUGCUUAGUUUUCUGAGGACGUUUGUGCUCAUUGCGCACCGCAGCUGAAUUACACUGUGGACUUUCCCGAGGAGCAGAGAUGGCUUCACUCAUUCACUGUCUGAUUGUUUUUAUACAUUCUUUUUUGUAUUUGAAGCAAACAUGUUGCAUGGAGGUAGAUUUCUUUACACCCGAACGCGUGGAUCUCCAAGAUGAUGAGAAGCAUCUGCAGAUGAAUGAAAGACAGAGUGUUUUUCGAUUAACUGCUUUCAAACAGGAAUUUUACCUCAGACUCGCACCGGAUUCUAGUUUUCUUGCUCCGGGCACCUUGGUCCCUGAGAGGGGCCCUUUGGCACCUAACGCGUCUGAAGCGGCAGACCUCAGGGAAUGUUUCUACUCAGGUGAUGUCAACAGAGAUCCGGACUCAUUUGCCGCUGUCAGCCUGUGCAAAGGUCUCCACGGAGGGUUCUCCUACAGGGGAAUGGAGUAUUUCAUCAGCCUACACAGAGCUGAAGACGCAGCAGCCGCGUCUGGAUACAGAAACUAUUUCGACAGGACGCAUGUCAUCCGUCGCAGGAGACGCACUGAUGCGCACUCGAGCGGCAACUUCACCAGCAGGUGUGGAGUUACACCUGAUCCCAGCUUCACCGUCUCCCUGGAGAAAUACAAGCAUGUGGGCGAACCGGAUAAUGAUGACUUCACUGAAACUGUGUUGAAAACCUUAGGCAGGUCAAAAAGGUUCGCCUCCAUCCCCAGGUUUGUGGAGGUGCUGGUGGUGGCAGAUGAAUCCAUGGCUAAAUUUCACGGGGAUGACCUGAAGCAUUAUCUCCUGACCCUGAUGUCGGUAGCAGCCAGGCUUUACAAACACCCCAGCAUCUUCAACUCCAUAAACAUAGUGGUGGUGGGCUUCAUGGUGAUAAAUGAGGCCAACAAGGGACCAAAGGUUUCCAGUAAUGCAGCCUUGACUCUGCGCAACUUCUGCUCCUGGCAGAAGAAGUUGAAUAAACACAAUGACAAGCACCCUGACUACUGGGACACUGCCAUACUGUUCACCAAACAGGAUCUCUGUGGGGCCACAACCUGCGACACACUGGGGAUGGCUGACGUCGGGACCAUGUGUGACCCGAAGAGGAGCUGCUCUGUCAUCGAGGAUGACGGCCUUCCCUCGGCUUUCACCACUGCCCACGAACUAGGCCACGUCUUCAACAUGCCCCACGACAAUGUGAAGGCAUGCGAGGAGGUAUUCGGGAAACUGAAGGACAACCACAUGAUGUCUCCCACGCUGAUUCAGAUUGACAGGAGCCGACCCUGGUCUGUUUGCAGCGCAGCCAUCAUUACUGAGUUCCUGGACAGAGGUCAUGGGGACUGUCUGCUGGACCAGCCUCAGAGGCAGCUGUCUCUCCCGGACAACCUGCCUGGCUCCAGCUACAGCCUGCACCGCCAGUGUGAGCUCGCCUUUGGACCCGCCUCAAAACCCUGCCCAUACAUGCAGCCCUGCUCCAAACUGUGGUGCACUGGGAAGGCCCGGGGACAGCUGGUCUGUCAAACCCGACACUUUCCCUGGGCGGACGGCACCAGCUGUGGCAACGGCAAGGUCUGCUACAGAGGAGCCUGCGCUGAUAAGAAUGCCACCAUGCACAUCAAGGUGGAUGGCCGGUGGGGCAAAUGGGGUGCAUAUGGAGAUUGUUCCCGCAGUUGUGGUGGAGGAGUUCAGCUCGCCAAGAGGGAGUGUAACAACCCCGUCCCUGAGAAUGGAGGCAAAUACUGCUACGGCCUUCGCAUCAAAUAUCGUUCCUGUAACCUCAACCUCUGCCCUGAAACAGGUAAGAGUUUCAGGGAGGAGCAGUGUGAGGCAUUCAACGGCUUAAACCUGAACACCAACAGACUGGGUUCUUCUGUGGUGUGGGUUCCCAAAUAUUCCGGCAUCUCUCCCAAGGACAAAUGCAAGCUCAUCUGCCGUGCUAACGGUACUGGGUACUUCUAUGUCCUUGCUCCUAAGGUUGUGGAUGGGACGCCCUGCUCUCCUGACACCUCAGCUGUAUGUGUUCAGGGAAAAUGCAUCAAGGCAGGCUGCGAUGGCAAGCUGGACUCUAACCAGAAGUUUGACAAGUGUGGCAUGUGUGGCGGGGACAACCAGGGCUGUAAGAAAGUCUCAGGACUGUUCACCAAACCUGUUCAUGGCUACAACUUUGUGGUGAUGCUGCCAGCGGGAGCCUCCAACAUUGACAUCCGUCAGCGCGGCUAUCGAGGAAUGGUCAGCGAUGAAAACUACUUAGCAGUAAAGAAUCAGCGUGGCGCGUACCUCCUGAACGGCAACUAUGUGGUGUCAGCGGUGGAGCGCGACCUGCUGGUGAAGGGCAGCCUGCUGCGUUACAGCGGCACCUCCACAUCUAUCGAGAUUCUCCGGGCAACCAGACCCUUGCAGGAGCCCCUGACUGUGGAGGUACUCUCUGUCGGGAAGAUGACUCCGCCCAGGGUGCGCUACUCUUUCUACGUCUCCAAGGAGAGCAAGGAGGAGAAAACACUGCAGAAAGAGGAGAGAAGCCACAAAACACAUAACAGCGUCCUGAUGGACAGCAACAAAGUAGAAGUCAAGAAGCAAGCGAUGGGUAAGAGGCCGGUUAGUCACUGGGUGACAGGAAAUUGGGAUAUAUGCACAGUGACAUGUGGCAACGGUUUUCAGAAGAGGCUGGUGCAGUGCCAGAGCGUGGAGGGGCGUCCUGCAGUGGACUGUGACAGCACCGACAAGCCUGUAGCUAUGAGACCAUGUGGGGAUCCAUGCCCAAUGUGGGAUGUAGGUACCUGGUCUCACUGCUCCAAGUCCUGUGGAAGGGGCUUCAAAAGGCGGUUGGUGCACUGCAUUACCGAGACAGGUAUGAAUCUACCCAGGGAGCACUGCUCUGGACGGAGGAAGCCUCAGGAACUGGACCUCUGCAACCUAAAGCCAUGUUAGAGCAGAGCGGGCACAGUCCAGGGAUUGAAUUUUGGAAGUCAAACUGAUGCAAAUACUCUCAACUUCAGUCUGACUGUGUCUGCAGGGGUGUCCCCUCUACAGUAGAAGACAGGCAGCGCCCUGUCCUCCUGCUCCUGUUUGAAGACAGAGAUCUGUUUACAUAUAAAUAGAGGGACAGCUGUCUUCUUGUAAAGUGAAAUGCACAUCAAACCAACUGUGGCAGGUUUGACUUUUGUUAGUCUACCUCUUCCUUAAACGAUGACACAAUGCGUGCAUGUGUAAACUGUUGAGAGACGGUUGCAGAGGAUGCAGAGACACUGAUCAUUCCAUGCAUAGGAUGAGAUAAGAAUGGAUGAAAGCUUGUGACACCCACACUGUGCUGUUAUCAGAAGCAGGUUUCUGUGAAUUGACGUUUUGUUCACUCAUCACUGAAGUGAUCGAUAUGUGAAACUGUACUGUAUCUGCCACAGUCCAGACAUCAUUAGUCUGUGCUGUUCUUGCAUCAUUUUGUUGAAUCUUUGAAUUGAUGUCUUGAUUUGGUGCCAGUCACUUCAUCCUAACAGCUUUAUGUCAUUUGGAAAUGAAACAGUCAACAUGAUAUCACUUGAAACGGUCUUUUUUCCAAUUGGAUCAAUAUCAAAGAGUCCCUGAAUACUAAUGACCAAAUAUCUAAAAACUUUUUUUGCAUAGGUAAAUUUGUGUAUACAGUAAAUGUAGGCUGUUUGUAUGGUGCAAUCGUAAUGUGUUUCUGUCUGUAGUAUUGUGUGUUCUAUGUUGCCAAAGAGCUAUAACCUUCCACAAAGCCUUAGCACUGUGAGAGACACUUCUCUGCAUGAGCCGCACAGGAGCGUGGCUUCCUCAAAGAACCAUCGCUGUACAUUUCCAUCAUCACCUGAAAAUUACCUUCCGACUGUUACACUCAAAGCUCCUGGAGGCUGUAAAGAUUUGAAACACUUAACUGAACUAAUCAAUUGAAUCAACAGAGAAGAAAACAAGCAAAAACUGAACUGGUUUCACAUUUAAAAGCUUUAUAUUGGACUCUCUGUUGAACAAAACAAACAAUAUGAAGAUGUUAUGUUGGGGUCUAGAAAAUGUGAAAUUUAUAUUUUUCAUUACAUAAUCCAAACAGUCAUUGACUAUGAUCAUAAUAAUUAAGAUUAUAUUAGCAGCAGAACACAAUGUAUUCAUUGAGGUUUGCUAAAGAGCAUGAAAAGGGAACAGCUGGAUGAGGAAAAAGCAAAUCGAUAAACUCACUCUCACAAUAAAAGACAGGAAAUGCAUUACUUGGUUUAAAAACACAAAUGGAAAAAUUCCUUUUGAUCGUAUGUAAAGGCAAAGACUUUAAACUCUAUUAGCAAAAUAUUAUAGCCACUCAUAGAUGAAAAAUCUUUGAUAAUCCCAUAACAAAGGUGCACGUCAGAGUCUGGAGUACAUUAUAUCAGAUGAUAAAUUAAAAGUUAGUUCUCGUAGUCAUUGUGUUGCAUGCGGGAGAAGUGGGUACGUGUAAAGACGAGAGGGACUUAGACAAAGUCCUGAUUGUUGUGGCAAGAUGACUGGGUCAGAGGAUUCUUCAAGGGUCAGAGGAUUCUUCAAGGGUCCAAAGAUUUUGUGUCUGAACCCAACAAGACCUGAAAAUGUAACUGAAACCGAACCAGACCAGUUUUUUUUAGUUGAAAGCCGAGACUUCAUGAAAGACAGCCAGGAGACACAUACCUGAUUGCCAAUGGUUCUUGUGACACUACGUCUUAACCUUCAAAAGGAAGUGAUUGGUGACGUGCCAACUUCCUGUAGUGAACUAGGUGAAACCUGCAGUAUAUUGUGGCAACAUGUUUAUUCACCCCAUUAAAGACACCCUCGGUAAAACUACUGGCAAACUCUACUCGAACAAGUAAAUCAAUUAGCAAACUGAUACUUCUGCACUUUCCAUCCUGGCAUUACAUUGUUUUAAUGUGAUUCUUCUAAUUUGAUUUCAACUCGUCAUCUUUCCAAUUGUUUCCAAAAUAGCUGGAACUGAGUCAGAGCUGGAACUAGUGGUAUCUCGGCCAAGGCCCAAAUUAUGACACUUAAAUUUGCCAGAUCCAAAUUUUUAUUUGGAUACGCACUUAAUUAAACACACUCAUAAAUAUCAGUCUGCAAAACAUGUCUGAUUUUUCUUUUUUUUGCCAGAUCCAUGAAUCAUUCUCUGGGAAUUUUGUCAAAAUGUAUAAAAAAAAAUAAAAUAAAUCCUAUUUUAAUAACGGAGAGGGCAGAAAAAAUAACCUCCUUGGUGGAGCUAAAUAUUUGAAGCAUACUUUCAGAAUAGAGAAUAAAUAAACAGUCUAACAAAUAUUUGGUAAAAGCUCUUUGAACGUCACAGAAUGAUGGGAGAUAACUUCUAUUACUCAAAGGUGAAAUUUUCCUUAAAUCUCAUCAUGCCCCUCAACACAAAACUUAUUUCAGUGUUCAUUUUUUAAAUCUGCUUUGGUUCAGGGGGACAACUAAACCAUUCUAAAAGAUGGUUUUGUACAGUUAAUUCUUUUAUUUCACACCAUGUACAGAUAAUGUUGUUUUUAUCAGUUGUCUUCUGUAUUGUAUACUAUGUAUACAUCCAUCUAUCGGCAUUAAAUAAAAUAUAUAUAUGGGAUUAUAA